AUGAAAUUAUUGAAUAAUCAGAAAGAAUUUACAAAAGCACUCGAAUUAUUUGAUAAAUACAAGAAAAAUAAUACUCAGUCAUUAUCCACUUUGACAAUAACACAAGCUUUGAAAGCAUGUGCUCAAACUGGUGAUCUACAACGUGGUUCAACUAUUCAUCAAUUUCUUUCAUCUCGUUUCGAAAAAAACUCUGCAAUAUUAACAUCAUUAAUUCAUUUCUAUAGUUAUAUCAAAAAUAAUAUGCCGAACAAAGCGAUCGAUCUUUUCAAUCAAAUUCAAAAUCCUGAUAAAGUUAUUCUAAUUCUCUUUUUUAAUGCUUGCGCUCAAUUGGAAACACAUGAAGCAUUAAAUCUAAUAAAAAAUGUCUCAUCAAAACUUCAAAAACCUUCGUAUUCAGAUUUAAAUCUUUUAACUUCUCUCAUUGACGCACUAAUGAAGUGUGGUGAUGUAAUACAUGCUCAAUCUUUGUUUGAUAACUCAACAAAGAAAACAUUAUUCAUGUAUGGUGCAAUGAUGAAAGGUUAUAUCAAAAAUAAUAUGCCAAAUAAAGCGAUCGAUCUUUUCAAUGAGAUUAAAAAUCCUGAUGAAGUUAUUAUUAGUCUUUUGUUUGAUGCUUGUGCUGAAUUAAAAACGUCUAAAGCAUUACAUUUAGUGAAAAAUGUCUUAUCAAAACUUCCUAAAUCUUCUUAUUCAAAUCUUUAUCUUUUGACUUCUUUAAUUGAUGCACUAAUGAAGUGUGGUGAUGUAAAAUAUGCUUAA